AUGCGAUGGCAAGUGUCGAUCCUCGACUUAGGCAGCAUAGACUGCUGGAAAACCCUAAGAGGAGCAGAGCCCGCCGAGCGUCGGAUCGUUGUUCUUUGCACAUUAAUCGCCAGAAAUGAAGAUUAUCGCGGCUUACUUGAUAUCCUUGCCUCAGUUGGAGCCGAGGCUGAUGAUGAGAGAAUUGAAUUGCUGUUAUCUCAAGUUAAGGGCAAAGAUAUAACUGAACUGAUUGCUGCUGGAAGAGAAAAGUUGGCUUCAGUCCCAUCAGGUGGUGGUGCAGUCGCCGUUGCUGCACCUGCUGCCGGUGCAGGUGGCGGUGCUGCACCUGCAGCUGCUGAAACAAAGAAAGAGGAGAAAGUUGAAGAGAAAGAGGAGUCCGAUGAUGAUAUGGGCUUCAGUCUGUUCGAGUGUUCUGCAUGA